AACAUUGUUUUUCCAAUGCUGAACAACAGAUUCUACCAGAGAUCUUGUCCGUGGUCUUGUCCUACUGAACUGCUCAGGUGGGAUGAACAACAAGGCAAUAGUCGAUGACUGGAGGAUCAAGUUGCUCUUGCCUCUGCUUUGGCUAAUUGACUUUCUGCUGAAACAAAAAAGCAUAGCAUCAGCACUAUUCGGGCGUGUAAAAGAAAGGCAGAACCUGAAGGACAUCCUACUGUCUGUCUAUGGAAACAAAGACGCCGUGGAUGAUGAAUUAGUCGAGAUCAUAAGAGGGCCAGCUGAUACCGAAGGUGCUCUCGACGCAUUCGUGUCAACGGUAACAGGCCCGCCAGGUCCUAGCCCGAUCCCACUGAUGCCCGAGAUCAAGAUCCCGGUCUUGGUUCUGUGGGGAGACCAGGAUCCUUUCACCCCGAUCGACGGGCCCGUGGGGAAGUACUUCUCUGGACUCCCCUCCGAGCUUCCCAACGUGAAGCUCCACAUGUUGGAGGGAGUCGGCCACUGCCCGCACGAUGAUCGGCCGGACCUCGUGCAUGAGAAGCUCCUCCCAUGGUUGGCAAAUCUGCCGUCCACGGUCGAUCCUGAGGUGGCUUUAACAUAAUAUAAGUGGACUAGCAAAAAUCCAAUGAAAUGUGUGUAUAUACAAGAAGGGAGUACGAUGUUGAUAAUUUUUCCUAUAUACUUGGUCAAACUUUAUAUCGUUUGACUUCUGACAAAAACUCAUAUGCACUAUACUUUGGCAAGGAUGGAGCCAUUCCUAGUGGAGCCGUUCUAGUGUCCGUUUGAACUUAUAAGGUGGAUUAUGGUAAUAUAUAGCUUAAUUUUGCAA